ACAGCAUCGCUGCUCCGCCGCCGCGCGCGCAGUGCAGAGCUCGGCGUCAUCCAGCCAUGUCCGCCCACCUCCGCCUCCUCUCCGCCGCGGCCGCGCUCCCUGCCGCGGCCUCCCUCCGCCGGGCCCGGCCGCUCCCGCCCGCGCCCCCGCUGCCCUCCGCCCGCCUCCACGCCCCGCACCGGCGCGGCCUCUCCACGCGCGCGCCCCCGCUGCCCUCCGCCCGCCUCCUCGCCCCGCACCGGCGCGGCCUCUCCACGCGCGCGCCCGCCCGCGUCCGAUGCGCCGCCGCGGCCGACGGGGGCGAGCGGGAGGCGGCGGCGGUGGAGGCCAUAGCGGCGGAGGGCGCCGGGAUAUGGGCGCAGAUGCGGGACGUGUUGGUGUUCGCCGGGCCGGCGCUCGGGCUCUGGAUCUGCGGCCCCCUCAUGAGCCUCAUCGACACCAUGGUCAUCGGCCAGACCUCCUCCCUCCAGCUCGCAGCCCUAGGGCCUGGGACCGUGUUCUGCGACUAUCUGUGCUACAUAUUCAUGUUCCUGUCGGUCGCAACCUCCAACAUGGUGGCCACCUCCUUAGCUAACAAGGAUGAAGAACUUGCACAGCAUCAAGUGUCUAUGCUGCUAUUUUUAGCUCUUACUUUUGGUAUAGGAAUGUUUUUCUUCACUAGGAUUUUGGGGGUCCAAGUAUUGACUGCUUUUACUGGAUCCAAAAAUCAUGAAAUUAUUUCUGCUGCCAAUACAUAUGCACAGAUUCGAGGUUUUGCAUGGCCUGCAGUUCUCGUUGGCUUAGUUGCCCAAAGUGCUAGUCUAGGCAUGAAAGAUUCUUGGGGUCCUCUGAAGGCAUUGGCAGCAGCUAGUGUUAUAAAUGCUGUUGGCGAUAUAUUUCUUUGCUCUGUAUGUGGCUAUGGAAUUGCUGGUGCCGCCUGGGCUACUAUGGUUUCACAGAUUGUUGCAGCUUUUAUGAUGAUGCAAAAUCUAAACAGUAGAGGUUUUCGAGCGUUCUCAUUCACAAUUCCAUCGACAAGAGAGCUUCUUCAGAUAUUCGAAAUCGCAGCUCCUGUUUUCGUGACAAUGACAUCCAAGGUAGCAUUUUAUGCAUUGCUUACAUACUUCGCGACUUCUAUGGGAGCAAUAACUCUUGCAGGCCAUCAGGUUAUGGUAAAUAUGUUAUGCAUGUGCACUGUUUGGGGUGAGCCCCUGUCACAAACUGCACAGUCCUUUAUGCCGGAGAUGAUAUACGGAGCUAACCGCAAUUUGAUGAAGGCAAGGAUGCUGCUCAAGUCACUCGUAAUUAUUGGAGCUAUAGCUGGACUGACUGUAGGAACGGCUGGAACGAUUGUUCCAUGGCUUUUUCCUAGUAUGUUUACCAAUGAUCAAAUGGUUGUACAACAGAUGCACAAAGUGCUGAUUCCAUAUUUCACUGCAUUGUUCGUGACACCUUCAGUACAUAGCCUCGAAGGAGCAUUACUGGCUGGAAGGGAUCUCACGUAUUUGAGUCAAUCAAUGGGUGCAUGCUUCUGCGUUGGAACCUUUCUUCUACUGCUUGUCCGUGAAAAAUUUAGUAGCUUGACACUAUGCUGGUGGGUACUCGUCUUCUUCCAGUGGAGUCGGUUUGGAAGCGCUCUACAACGGCUUGUUUCUCCAACAGGCAUGUUGUAUAACGAAAAUUUCAACCAGCCUGAGCAAGUCAAAAUGAAGGCCACAUAGGAGGAUGUAUUACUGGUUGAAAGAGGACGACAAAUACAUGCAUGUUUUGCAAUCCUGUAACCAUCAUUCUGAAAGGAGUUAUGAUUAGAGCAGGAGCUGCACAUGUUAACAUUGGAAGCAAAGUUCAAGACCUGCUCAUUGUCUUUAGGGCUAGGAAAGUCCAUUUGGCUCUAGGGUGGAAAUCAGUCUCCUAGCCAAAAUUUCAGGUGUUUUUGAUGUUUAGUUUUCGUAAUUGUAGGGCUCGAAAAGGGUUGCCAAAUUUUCAGGUGUUUUUGAUGUUUAGUUUUCGUAAUUGUGUCUUUCUAUCCUAGGGACCUUCAUCCCGCGCUUUACUGCUGCAGAAAAGGUGACUGUAAAAGUGCAGUUACGCAAGCAUGUAAAGAAUUUUGUUGGUUUAAGAAUUACAAAAUGGUCAAAAAUGUCCAUGUUUUUUGUUA